AUGAAGCCUCCCGGCCGCCUCGCCACUGCCGCUGCAGCGGCAUUGCUCGUCGCCACGUCGCUGCUGGUCGCGACCCUCCUCACCUCGCCGCUGCCGUUGCUGCCGUUGCUCCCGUGCCUGCCCGGCGUCCUAGCCCCCUCGGGCGUCGGGUACGAGCCUUCAGGCCUCGCCGCGCUCGCCGACGCCGCGGUGUACUACGCCACAACGCGCACCGUCCCGCAGCAGUCGCGCGCCGAGAUCUCCCUCUCUCUCGACGUGCUGCGCCGCCGCGCGCCGAUCCGGCUGCUGGUGUUCGGCCUCGGCCAUGACUCGCGGCUCUGGCACGCGCUCAACCCCGGCGGCGUCACCGUCUUCCUGGAGGAGGAUCCGGAGUGGUACCGCAUCGUGCGCGCUAAGUCGCCGUUCCUGCGCGCCCAUCUGGUCAGUUACCGCACGCGGAUGGACCACGCCGACCUCCUCUUGGACUCCUACAAGAACUUCUCCUCCUGCGUCCCCGGCGCCGGAGCCGAGGCCGCCGACGCCCCCGUGCUGGUCCGCGACAACGCCGCGUGCCCGCUGGCGCUGCACAACCUGCCGCCGGAGGUGUACGAGAACGAGUGGGACAUGCUCAUGCUGGACGCGCCCAAGGGGUACUUCGCGUCGGCGCCUGGCAGGAUGGCGGCGAUUUGGACGGCGGCGGCAAUGGCGCGGGCGAGGCGCGGCGAGGGGGACACCGACGUGUUCCUGCACGACGUGGACCGCAGGGUGGAGAAGAAGUAUGCCGAGGAGUUCCUCUGCGACAUGUUCCGGGUGGGAAAGACCGGCCGGCUCUGGCAUUUCAGCAUUCCACCGGUGUCACGGCGGGGGAACACGACGGCGUCCGGCGAUGGCAAGAGGCCUUUUUGCUGA